AUGGGCCCCUUGUCCCUUCGGAAACGUGUGAGACCUCACACUGGAGAGAAACCUUAUGAAUGUAGUGACUGUGGAAAAAUCUUCAUUUUUCGCUCUUCCCUUAAGAAACAUGUGAGAUCACACACUGGAGAGAAACCUUACAAGUGUAAUCAUUGCGGAAAAUUCUUCAGCCAGAGCUCUCAUCUUAAUGUGCACAGAAGAACACACACUGGAGAGAAGCCCUAUGACUGUAAGGAGUGUGGCAAGGCUUUCACCGUGCCCUCAUCCCUUCAAAAACACAUGAGAACCCACACUGGAGAGAAGCCCUAUGAAUGCAGUGACUGUGGGAAAGCCUUUAUUGAUCAGUCAUCCCUUAAGAAACAUCGACGCUCUCACACUGGAGAGAAGCCGUAUGAGUGUAACCAGUGUGGAAAAUCCUUCAGCACAGGCUCUUACCUCAUUGUGCACAAGAGGACGCACACUGGAGAGAAAACCUAUGAAUGUAAAGACUGUGGGAAGGCCUUUAGGAAUUCCUCUUGCCUGCGGGUCCAUGUGAGGACUCACACAGGGGAAAAACCCUAUAAAUGUGUCCAUUGUGAAAAAGCAUUCAGCACCAGCACUAACCUUAUAAUGCACAAGCGAAUACAUACAGGGCACAGCAUUAUGAACGAAACAGCUACAAGCUAG